CAGGGCACUCGGGAACGAGCAUAAACGUCCUUUACAUAGGAAUCAGUUUACAGGACGUUAAAGGAACGUGAAAUAUUUCCUGUUUAGAGGAUGAGGAAACAGUGAAGCUGCAGUUUCCAGUGGACAGAUCAGGAGGAGACAAACAAGUUUAGGGUGUGACUGUGUAACAGACCUGUUGGUCCUGAUUCCUGUCUCUGAGCUCUCAGUCAGUGUUGGUGGUUUACAUCUCAGACUGUGACUGCAGAGGAAGAGGAGGACAGAGCAGAAUCUCCAGGAUCCACUUCUUUGAACAGGGACUGGUCCACAGAUGAUCCUCAGUACUGGACUCUGAGCUACAAGAGAGGGACCCAACAGAUCCACCUUGAGCAGAACUAGGAGACAGUGGCGAGGAAAAACGUGGAGCCUGAAUAAAAUGCCCGUAUGAACAGACCCACAGUGGUGGUGGGCGUGUAAUAUUCAUAGAUCCUUCAUGAGGAGUCUGUCAGGCUGUCUGAUCACAGAGGAAGGCUGUGCUUCUCUGGCCUCAGCUCUGAGAUCCAACCUCUCCCAUCUGAGAGAGCUGGAUCUGAACUACAAUCAUCCAGGAGACUCAGGAGUGAAGCUGCUGUCUGCUGGACUGAAGGAUCCAGACUGGAUACUGGAAACUCUCAGGGUGGACCAUGGCGGACCACAGAGACUGAGACCUGGUGUGAGGAAGUAUGCCUGUGAACUAGAGCUGGACACAAACACAGUGAACAGAAAACUCAAACUGUCUGACAACAACAGGAAGGUGACAUAUGUGAGAGAGAAUCAGUCAUAUCCUGAUCAUCCAGACAGAUUUGAUGUCUGGCCUCAGCUGCUGUGUAGAACUGAUCUGACUGAUCACUGUUACUGGGAGGUCAAGUGGAGAGGAUUGGUUCAUAUUUCAGUGAGUUACAGAGGAAUCAGAAGGAAAGGACGCAGUGAUGACUGCAGGUUUGGAAGGAACGAUCAGUCCUGGAGUCUGUUUUGCAGACAGAGAAUCAUUCACCUCCUCUUCCUCUGUCUCUAACAGAGUAGCAGUGUAUGUGGACUGUCCUGCUGGCUCUCUGUCCUUUUACAGAGUCUCCUCUGACAAACUGAUCCACCUCCACACCUUCAACACCACAUUUACUCAACCUCUGUAUCCUGGGUUUGGGUUCUGGUCAUUGGGUUCAUCAGUGUCUCUCUGCGCUCCGUAGGUCUGAAAGUUUCUCCUCUGGACAGAAACACUGACUGAAAUCAAAGCUGAUUCUGUUCACCAUCACACACUCUGCACUGUGAAGCAGACCUGUCUCAGACUCUAAUUGUCUUAUUCACUUUGAUGAUCAACAUUUGUAAAAUGAUUUGCACUCUGACUCUUAUUUUUGUCUCAGUUCACUCUGCUGUUUUUACUGUCAGGAUCCGAUCAGCAGCAUCCAGGAUCCACAGCUAAUGUCCUGGUGCCAGACACCACAGGACACCUAAAGGGAUCCUGAGUUCAUGAGUUGUAUCUGAUCAAUGUAGAGUUCACCUGGCACCAGAACAAACUGACUGAUGGUGAUCUGCGAUUCUACUUCUAAACUAGGAACUAGGAUUUUGUAUCUGUGAAAUUCCCCUGGACAUAUGUUGAAAAUUAAUACAUUUGCUUGAAAACUUA